ACACCGAACACACGUAGUGUGUGGGUUUUGUGAAGUGCAUAUCAGUUGUGAGUGAUAAAUCGACAAUAGAAUCGACGAAAGGAAGCGUCCAAUGAGUGUGUUUGUUGAAGGCAAAGUAAAACGAGUUUAUUUGACGUCGAAAAUGUCAGUAUUUUUGAUGUUGUGAUUAAAACUGAGACUCUUGAUACUGGACACAGGAGAAAAAAAACAACAAACAAGCAUAUAAUAUUAUGAUAAAGCCAAUCAAAGCACUCUGAAUAGAUUCCCACCCAGCGGCCAAAAAUUCACUAUCGUUUAAUACCAGCUUGUUCCAGAGAGGGAGAUAGAGACACAAACACCGCGCGAACUCCGCUCGCGCUCGGCUCAUUCUCUCAUUCGCUUGCUCGCGAUCUCUUUUCUCUAUCGAUGAUUAUCUUUUUUGUGUAAUGUAUUCGGAUUCGACAAAAACCGCAAUACACAAACACUCUAGACCUGGAACAACAUGAACACCGAUUGAACGGAACGGAUGAUUAUUGAUCGAAAGGUGUUUUGCAGCAAAUUAUACAUCGUAAAACGCGCACAAGCAACAACACAGAGAAAAUAAAACAGUUCGAACCACAACAAGAAAACGAAUCGCACCCAACGCGUAAAGUGCCUAUUAAUUCAACCGAAAACUGUCGGAACAAACAGAACGAUCGCCACAAAUACACAAGCACAUCUUCGUAACCAAAAGAAGAAAAACAUGCACGGCAUACAAAAUACCACACAUCGAUUCAACGCAUUCCUCAGUGAUUCCGAUUAUGUUAGUGUGCAUUGAAUGCACCCGAUAAUGGGCUGAUGCCUUAAAAUGUGUUCCUCUUAGUGUGCUUUUGCGUCGUAAAAAUUCAAAUGAAAAGUUUUUGUUUUCGGUUUUUGCACCGAGUGGAAGAGUCUUGAAAAACAUCGUUGAACGAAAGAAAAACCGUACACACAACAGUGUGCGCAACAACAAGAGAAAAACGCCAUGCAAAGCAUCAACAAGCCACAAAAAAUAACGUGCAUCUCGUUUCCAUCGACAGUUAAACUCAUGGUUUGCAACUCAUACACAUCGCUAUCGUAGCAAAAGAACACCGAAUCAGUGAGUGAAACGCACAGCACAUGCACCACACACAACGGCAUAAAAGCCAACGGCACACAGCACACAGCUCAACCACACGAUUGAUGAAUGAAAAUGAUCGGGGAAAUGGGAUUUUCCACGUACCCAAAAUUCAACACAUCAUUCGCCUGAAUCAACAACAAUAGAGCUAAUAAAACCAUCAUUAGGUGUAUAGACAUUGCACCCAUUGCGCGCAUUGUUAUCCCAUCUCGACGGUUUUUUUGUUUUGCAAUUACUCAGUCGUUGUGCAAUUUUCGUCAGUCGAUUAUGGAAUACGGCCGAUUUUGACUUGAUUUGGUGGGAAAAAAAGAGUGUGAAAAAAACUGUUGUUCAGUGCUGACAAAGAAAAUAGAACGAUAGAAGAAGAAAAAAGUUUUUUUUUAGUUUAUGUCAAGUUUCGUGUGAUUAAACAAUGAUUAACGUAACAAAUCUAUCGAUUUCGACAGAAAAAAGUGCAUUUUGUCUGAAUAUAGUUAGAUAAAAGAAAGACCAACGUUUUUAUUUAGAGUUGUGAUUCACAACUUGUGAAAAAAUAUCGUGCUUCUGUUUAAGUGAAUCGAACCAUGCGAUAAUUUUUGGCAUCUCACCUACGAUAUGGCACCGUGGAUUAAACCAGCAUUUAUUACAUUCUUUCUAGUUUUAUUCCAAAGAAUAAUGUACAGCACAUCGGAUAUUCGAUCGUCAUGUCGAAUUGUACCGGGUUUAUCACGUGAGCAGCUCGACUUAUGCUACAAAGCGAAUGAUGUUACCAUCGCUGCGCUAGACGGUUUGGAUUUGGCUAUGCGUGAAUGUCAAUUACAGUUUCAGUGGCAUCGUUGGAAUUGUUCGUCACUUAACUCAAAGAAACGUAAUCCAUACACAUCGAACCUAUUGAAAAAAGGCUACAAGGAGAGUGCAUUUGCAUACGCCAUCUCGGCAGCGGGUGUUGCGCACAGCAUUGCUCGAGCGUGUUCGCAAGGUCGUUUAAUUUCAUGCGGAUGUGACCCAUAUGUGAAUCGAAAAGGUUUCUCCAAAUCGUUGCGCAAAUAUUUAGAAUUGGACAAACAGCAUUUCUUUCAAACAAUCGACAAUCGCAUCAUUGACGCGGCGCCCAGCUAUGCGUCAACCAAAACGCCAAGAUUAAAGGCAACAAAUCGCUGGAAAUGGGGCGGUUGUUCACAUAACAUGAACUUUGGUAUCGAAUUUUCGGAAUUGUUUUUGGAUUCCCUGGAAAAAGCCGGUGACAUUCAAUCGAAAAUCAAUUUGCACAAUAAUCACGUCGGACGAUUGGCGGUGGCCAACAACAUGCAAAUCCGGUGCAAAUGUCAUGGAAUGUCGGGCAGUUGUCAGCUGAAAACUUGUUGGAAAUCUGCACCCGAAUUUCGAAUCGUUGGCAAAGUAUUGAAGCACAUGUUCCGCAAUGCAGUCUUGGUGAAUCAAUCGAACAUGGGCAAUGGUGAAGCAUUAAUAUCGUCAAAUCGUUACGACAAACAACGAAGUCGAAACGCAGUUCGAUCGACACGGAAAAUCUUCAAUAAACAUUCAUCGAUGCGUUUCAACGGAAAAACAACGGAAAAUAGUUUGUUUUACUAUCAGCGCUCACCAACGUUCUGCGACCGUGACCCGAUGUCCGAUAUCCACGGAACGACUGGACGUCGAUGCAAUCGAAAUACAACUGGUGUUGGAAGUUGUUCGUCAAUGUGCUGCGGCCGUGGAUAUAAUUUGAUCAAGGAGCAUCGAGUGGAAAAAUGCUCUUGUAAAUUUCAAUGGUGUUGCAAGGUGGAGUGUAAAGAAUGCCACAGCGACGAAUGGAUCAGCAUUUGCAAAUAGAUUAAGCAUACAUUUCUCUCUUCCGAAUUAGAAUCGAACCCUCCGAUCAGUCUAUAGUGUUCCAUUUUUGUGAAGCCCAAUUUAUGUGCACUGCACACUCUCAUGAAUUUUCGAUUUUUUAUCAAUUUCAUUAUUGUUUUAAUUUGACUUUUUACAGCCGUGCCAAAUGCCAUACGUCCAUGUCAAAAUGUUGAUUUAGUUACAUAGCGAUUAGCCAUAUUUAUGUUGUUAGAAUUUAAGUGCAAGCUCAGUUUUUUUUCGUCCUUUCUCGAAAAAUAAAUAGUUUCCGAUAAAUUUUAGUGCUAAAUUAUAAACAGUAGAUGGUUUGAAGUGACAAAGAAAAAAAAUGUUGUAAUUGUGCUUUUUGUUUUGUGGAUUUUCGAAAAGUAAAGUGCGGGAAAUAGUUCAGUAUUAAA